AUGCCGCAGGACGGGGAGCACAGCCUAGACUUCAAACAAACGUUUUGCACGUGCUCUUUGCGAUGCAAGCUCGGUGGAGUUGAUGGAAGGUGGAUACCAGACAGAACUUACAGGGACCACAAGCAUAAGCAAAGGCUGCUAGACGGUCUUGUGCAGGGCCUUCAAGGCCUGGAAGAUGAGCAGUCGCCAGAUGAGUCCGCUUUUGAGAGAUUGAACAUUCAGGACGAGAAUCUGGAGGAGGCUCCUGAUCUUCAAUCAGAGCCGUUGCAAACUGGAUCUCAGUCUGAUCAGCAAGAUGCAGAGCAAACCAGUGGAGUUUCUGGUUUCUUGCCCGAGGAAAUCCAGCUUAUCAAGCUCAUACUGGAGCUGUUCAACUUGAGCAGUGAGGCGUCUUUAAGCAACGCAACAGUGUCCAAGCUGCUCAGCUGGGCUUUUGCGGACAAUGGUUCAUUAGCUGCGCUUCUGCACAACGAUUGGAAGCAGGUCUCUAAGAAUUUUGGAAUCCCCACAAGCUAUGAUCAGCUUGCCUCCUUCCUCCAUCGCCUUGGCACAAGUAAGCUCGGUGCUCCUCAACGCUGGCGGUAUCACACAGACCCCAAUGGCUCAUGGCACCUCUUCAGCCCUAGUGCCGCAGACGACGGGGUUCCCUGCCCAUACUGCCCCGAUGCCCCUCAGCGUCCGCUUUGGCGCGACUGUAACUUCCACACCGAGCAGUGCAAAGAUUGCGACCUGCGGCGAAGGGAUUGCAAAGAGAUGCUCCUCAUCAGCCAGCAAUCUUUUCUCAAGGCGCAGUGCAGCACGAUUCAGGGGUGCGAGACACUGUUGGCCGCUGUCAGGGAUCACGAGUCCUGGAUGGGCAAAGACCCGGAGCAAGUGCACGAGCCUCAGAGUGAGAUCUGGCAUGGGAAGGCCUUCCGUGAGAAGUCUUCCUUCCUCGACCCUUCCAAGUCCUACAUGCUGCCACUUAGCUGUCCGACUUGCAACGAGAGGGAAAAUGUCUACUGUUCCAAGGCUUUUGAUCCGCCAUUCUUUGCACAGGCUGAUAGUAGCAUGUGGUCCGAAACUAGCCAGAAAUUCGUGACGGUUUGCCCGCAGUGUAGCGGUAGGAUUGAAGCAACGCGAGAGGACUUGCUGCGGCAAGGGAGUGUCUACAACGUCCUUCUAGGUUUGCACGAAGAUGGAUUCCAGGCUUCGAGAACAACGGAGCGAAACGCAGCCGUUCUCGACAUCUUUCCUCUCACAGCAUCCUCGCGUGACCGUGCUUCAAAAAGCAAACAAUUGCUUUGGCCUAUGGGCUUUCCUCCCGCCGAGGACAUCCCGAAUGGACCCGAUGGUCUUGACUUCUUUCUACUCGCUGUCACUUUAGACUUCUUGGAUUCGUUUUUGGAGGGAUUCGAGGCCCCUUUCGCUCUUCCUUCGGAGAAAGUCUUUCCAGGUCUGCCGAAAUCCGCAGCCUACCAACCGGUUCGGAUUCAUACGCAGCUCCUUUGUACCAUGGCGGACCAGCCAGCUCAAUCGGAUCUUGCGAAGACCAAGCGCAGCGGCUACCACGUUUCCCGUAAGUGCCGCGAGCGUGGCGAGCUGAACGAAAAGAAGAUGGUUGUAUACGGGAGCGCUCGACUGAGGGGACGGGCCGGUUGCGCAGUCAAGAGCGCCGCUGAAUACGAAAAGGCAAGCCGGCGCCACCUGGAGGCGGACUCGGAGAGUGCCGCCGAGCGCAAGGCGAUCGGAGAAGAGACUGGCGUCCUUGGUUUCCCAAUGCUGCAGAUUCUGUACAGCGCCUACCGCUUCAACAGCGUUACCGACUCCCCCAAUGAUUGGACGCACACAGGCCCCUUGAACCAAGUCAAAGGAACCCUUGCAGAUCUUUUGAUCCCGGAAAAGGGGGAGUCUCCCAACAGGGGAAAGCCAGCCAGCCAGCGCGAUCCUGCGGCGGGUCCAACCAUGACGGUUGCUGACGUCGCCCAGGGGUACAACCGGAUUCGCUUCACCCGCCAGCUGUCAGCCGGUCGGAAGCCCCCAGAUCCAAGCGAAAAGUCCUGGGGUUCUUUGAAAGCGGAGGAUCUGCAAAAGCUGGCGGAGCACGCGCUCGAGAGCAUGACCGCGGGGUUCGUCGGACUGUCUCAGUUCGCGAUCCUUUCCCUGGUGGCUCGCAUCCAGCAGCUCGUUUUCCGGACCGAAGCAUGGGGUCGGGAGGAGCGGUCCAUGCUUGCGCGCAUGUGUCUUGCAAAGCAGAUCCGAUGCGACGACCUGUACGGCGCGCGUGGCCGGCCUCUCGAGCACGAGGCUGCCUUCCACGUCCUGCAGGAUCUUCUCCGCUUUGGCCCGGUGAGGAACUACUGGACUGAACGAAACGAAAGGUACAUCAAACGGCUUACCCGGAUCCCAAACAAUGGCAAGGAAUAUGAAGCCACGUUUGCGAGACGGGAGUACCUCAGUCUAGUUGCCUCCCAUUUUGAAGUCCUGCUCUUUGAAAACAAUCUUAGAAAGACCGGCGAGACGUACUCAAGUCUUGCUUGGAAAGCGCUCGACGGUCAUUUCGAGGGUGGUUGUGUUUUCGUCAACUCGCAAGUCCAGGCAAAGCGCAUCUUCGAGGACCUGCCCCUCCUUACGAGCUCCAGCCAGGGGCCUUGGCAGAAUGAGGUCCUGCUUGCGAUCAAAGGCGGGGGAGUCCUGAUAGGCCCGCACCCCCGCAACUGGCGGCCCCGUUCUUUUCGGGCCUUGAGCUCUUUCGCGUUUCUUGGAGUUAGAAAGUUGCUCUUGAAGGGGACGCGAAAUGGAGCGGGCUCUCAGAGUUCCCUUAGAAACCAAGCGGUGCAACAAAAGAGCAUCACGUUGAACGGUGUCAACUUCGCCCUAGGAGACUACGUUGUCCUGCGAGAUGGUUCCGACGAGCAGUUUGGACGACUUGAGAAAAUCGUCGUCGUUCCAGGAAUGGAUCAGAAGUGGCACGCUUUCAUCCAGUGCGCCUACUUCAAGAUUCUGUUUGAAAACUCGCAGAGAAUCCUAGGUGCCCCGUUCCACAACAUGGUCAUGCUCGGUGACCUUCAAAGCCCUAGAAACAGCUCUUGCAUCAAGUUUGCUCGAGACCUCGUGCGGCACUUUAUCCCGUACCCUGUCCGGGACGGUCUUCCUGGUUCUGCUCCCCGCUUCCACGCAAUCCAAACGGACCGGAAAGAGCAACAGUUCCGGGCCGCUGACGUGUACAUUCCGGUCUACCCUCAGGAGGGUGACGUCGUUCGAGUCCCCGUGCGCGCGGACAGCGCCUCAUUCGUGGACAAAGUAAGCACGCGGCCGUGCGGACGGAGACCGGUCGAAGGGGUUGCCUUUUGCAAGACGGUGCGGCAAGGGCAGCGAGUCGACUUUGGGCUGGUGACACGUGUCGACACCCGCGCCAAGCAAGCGACCGUACACUGGCUCCGACCGUACGGCCAACCAGCGGAGCUACUCCCGGGCACACCUACGACAUGGGAGCUGUGGCCGACAAGGGGGCGGGGCUCCUUCGCGGUCCAUAACGUCAGCUGGGACGACAUGCUGGACGUGGUGGAGGGAGUGGAGCGGAGCGACGACGACGGGCGGCUGCAGUUCCACCGCAUCCGGGGCCCCACGAAACGAAGUAACGGAACGGUCUUGGCGGAAGAAGAGGGGAACAAAUCGGGCGGAAAGGCGCUGGUUCGUCUAGUGGCGGAACGGCGGAACGGCGGAACCGGAACCAAGUUCGCGAGCGUAAUGGUCCCGAGGAAACGGGAUCUUUUCGAUAAAGAGGAAAGGGGCGCAGCGGAGGCGGAAUCUGGACACGUGGCAGCAUCCAAGGGGCGGGAACUUGUGCUCAAGGAAGAGCUCCGGCUGCUGGAUCUGAGGCUUGGUCGGAGGCGCGGAAGACGCUGCCGCAGCGCGCGCGCGCGACCGGAAGCGCGAGACAUGGGGGGGGCGCGUGCUACGACCGCGAGGAGGCUGCGUUUGCGCCGCGGCAGCAGCGAGAUAGACGCGCGUGCCCGGCUGCAAAGAGGGGAUGUGCGCGCGCGCGAGACAUGGGCGAACGUGGAUGCACGACGGGAAGCGGAGACGGGCGUCUGGAACGCCUCAAGCGGACGUCAUUGGCCGGACGAUGACGUGCACGGCGGGCACGUAGGAGAUGCGCCGCAGAGGAAGGUUGCGCUAGCCGGCGGCCGAGGCGGCGGGCCCCCUGGCGAAGACGGAGCUGGCGGUCAGGACCAAGUGAUGAUCAGAUCAACCAACAAUGCCACGGUUACAAGGUUCAGGUUUUGCUGCGGCGGAAAAUGCACAACCGCCGGGCGUGUCGGCGCCUUCCGGCUGCGGCUGACUGAGCGUCGAAGAGCGGCGAAACUUAAUGCGACGGCCGCGCGAAGACGCGCGUGCGCUGGACAGCAACGAGAUGGGCGCGCGUGCGCCGGGCUGCAAAGAGAGGGUGCGCGCGCGCAAAAGGCGGAGCGGGAUUCACGGCCGUAA